AUGGCUCAAAGAGUACAUCUCCUUCUCUCUAUAAUCUUCUUUCUUACUCUUAUUCGCUUUUCAAGUCAACAAGGCUUAAGUUUCGUCUACAACGGCUUUGACCAAGACCAAGGCUACAUUCACCUCGACGGCGUUGCAAGAAUCCAUAACCCUGGUGGAAUCUUGCAGCUAACCGACAACACGACUCUUCAAAAGGGUCAUGCUUUCUUUAACCGUCCAUUCGAUUUCGGUUCUGAUCAACCCAUCUCUUUCUCGACUCAUUUCGUUUGCGCUCUGGUCCCUAAACCAGGAGCUGAUGGUGGUGGUGGUGGGCAUGGGACUGCCUUUGUUCUAUCUUCUUCCACGGAUCUCACCCAAGCGUAUCCAACUCAAUACUUAGGACUCUUAAACACGUCCAGUAACGGUUCUCCUACUUCUCAAAUUUUAGCCGUCGAGCUAGAUACCGUCGAAACUGCGGAGUUUGACGACAUCGACAAUAACCAUGUCGGUAUAGACGAAAACAGUCUCCACUCCGUUGUCUCGGCUUCUGCUUCUUAUUACUCGGAGAGAGAAGGGAGGAACAAAAACUUGACACUGUUGAGUGGAGAUCCUAUACAUGUAUGGAUUGAUUACGAAGAUACUCUACUCAGCGUUACACUAGCUCCUUUAAAAAUAGAUGAAAAGCCACGUAAGCCUCUUUUGUCAAGAAACAUCAAUCUCACAGCAAUCUUCCCUGGUGGAAAAGCAUUUGUCGGAUUUUCAGCAUCAACUGGAACAUUGGUUAGUUACCAGUACAUCUUAGGGUGGAGUUUCAAUUUCAGCACAAGUAUCACUUCUUCAUUACAGAGCCUCGACAUCUCUAAACUCCCCGCGGUCCCUCAUCCCAAAAAGAAACCUAAGAAAACAUCACCUCUGCUUAUCAUUCUAGUGGUUAUAUUAGCACUCGUGGUAAUGGCUGUUCUCGGAGGUGUGUUUGUGUACAGGAGAAAGAAGUACGCUGAAGUGAGAGAGCCGUGGGAAAAGCAAUACGGUCCACUUCGCUAUUCCUACAAAAGAUUAUAUAAAGCAACGGGAGGGUUUAACAGUGAUGGUCGUCUAGGGAAAGGCGGUUUCGGAGAAGUAUAUAAAGGAACUAUGCCUAAUGGAGGAGGAGAUAUAGCGGUGAAGAGACUAUCCCACGGUGCAGAGCAAGGGAUGAAGCAGUUCGUUGCUGAAGUUGUGACGAUGGGAAGUUUACAGCACAAGAACUUGGUUCCUCUUCUUGGGUAUUGCAGGCGAAAACGCGAGUUAUUGCUGGUCUCUAAGUACAUGGAAGGGGGUAGCGUUGAUCAAUACUUGUUUCAAGAUGACAAACCGCCUCUUUCGUGGUCCCAACGAGUCGCGAUUUUGAGAGAUAUUGCGUCUGCGCUCUGUUACUUGCACACGGGAGCUAGUCAAGUUGUUUUACACCGAGAUAUCAAAGCUUCUAACGUCAUGUUAAAUGGAAAUCUACAAGGCUUUUUAGGAGAUUUUGGGAUGGCUAGGUUUGAUGACAACCUCGCUGCAAGUGCAACGGCAGCUGUUGGAACUAUAGGUUACAUGGCCGUCGAGCUGACAUCGACAGGAACAUCCACUAGGACCGAUGUGUAUGCAUUUGGUGCUUUCAUGCUUGAAGUAGCAUGCGGGAGGAGACCAUUUGAUCCCGAGAUGCCGAUCGAGAAUCGACAUUUGGUCAAGUGGGUUUGUGAAUGUUGGAGAAAGGGCUCUCUAGUUGAUGCUAUGGAUGCAAGAUUGGGAGGUAAAUUCUCACUUGGAGAAGUCGAAAUGGUUUUGAAACUCGGGUUGCUAUGUACAUGCGUCGUACCAGAUUCAAGACCAACGAUGGAACAAGUGGUGCAAUUCUUAAACAGACACCAAGAACUGCCUGAUUUCUCUCCAGAUACUCCUGGAAUUGGAGUUUCUGUGCCGGUGUUGAGGGGAAUACCUUCCUUGGCUAUCACUUAUACUUCAGAGAUCUCAUCACCGUCAAUUUCUUCUUCCUCCGCCAAUAAUUCCAUGUUCAUUUCUCACACAAUCUUAUAUGGUGAUGGAAGAUGAAAGCUGACAAACUUUAUUCAUUUCGUUGGUUGUAUAUAUGUACCUACCUUAUACAUAUCUCAAUUCCAGUUAUAUUGUUAUUGUAAAUAAGAACGUGUCUUUGAUUGAGUAAGGGAUCAUGUUGUAAUAACUACCCAGUGUUCGUAUGAAUCUUUUUUUUUGUUUGAAACACGUGUUCUUAUGAAUCUAAAAUAAGCGAUCUGGUGUGUUUUGUGGGAAAAUGUAUUUUGAAUGUAUUUUGAAUUUUGUGGGAAAGUGUUGCGUUUUGGUGUGUUUUGGUGUGUUUUGGUGUGUUUUGUGGGAAAGUGGGAAAGUGAAGCGAUUUGGUGUGUUUUGUGGGAAAGUGUUGCGUUUUGGUGUGUUUUGUGGGAAAAUGUAUUUUGAAUUUUUUGGCUUAAAAUUUAUUUUUAUAGUUUUGGCGGGAAAAUAGAUUUAGAAGUUUUGGUUAAAAAUGUGUGUUUUGUAGUUUUUGCGAGAAAAUGCGUUUUGUGGUUUUAUCAUUUUUUCUGAUUACAAAAUGAAAUUAGAUUUAGGAUUGUAAUUUUUGAAUUACAUCAAAGAUAUAAUAUAAAUAUUAUACCAUUUUGACAGAACCAUCUAGAUUUAGAUGGUUCAAUUUGAUUCAGCUAAUUGAUUUUAAAAUUUUAAUUUAAAUGUAACUUAUCUAGAUAAGUUAUCCAGAUGAUUUGUAAUUUAAAGUCUAAGAGAACAAAACUCUCAUCAGCUAGAUGCCUCAUUUGGACGAACAUCCCACUGCUUUUGUUGUUUGAUCCAUUAUUCUUCUAACCGGACACAAUGCUAUGUUUUUUUUAUCUCAGUAGUACUCU